GGUCUAUAACUAAUAAUGAAUGACAGAUAAAUAUAUCAAUAGCUGAUAAGAAUUUAAUUAUCGCCGUCCAUGGUAAUCUAUACUGAGUAGUUUUGAUAUUUUGUCGGAUGAGAGUGACAUACCAAGAAGAUGUCGUGGCUUCUUGGUAGUUAUCGUAAUCAGCAGCAACCCCAAGAUUUUUCCCAGUAUGCUGCUGCAGGAUCUGGAGCUGGAGCUGGUGCCGGUGGUGAUGAACCACCAAAAAAAUCAGGUUCUGGAAUGGAUGCUUAUAGAUUUGACUCAAGUGCUUUGGAAAGAGCCGCCCAAGCUGCCAAAGAACUGGAGAAAUCACCUUACGCUAAAGAUGCACUCGAGCUGACAAAGCAACAGGAGAUUUCUAAGCAGCAGGAAUUUCUUAACAGCAUAAAGCAGAAUGAGGCUGCUAUCGAGCAACUGAAGAUCGAGCAGAAGAGAGUCGAUGGAGAAGAAAGAAGAAAAACAAUUGCUGAAGAAACUAGACAGCAUCAGGCACGUGCUCAGUAUCAGGAUUCGUUGGCGAGAAAGAGGUAUGAAGAACAAUUGUCACAGCAGCAAAGAAUGAACGAUGAGACUUUACGGAGACAGGAGGAGUCUGUAGCUAAGCAGGAAGCCAUGAGAAAGGCCACCAUUGAACAUGAGAUGGACUUGAGGCAUAAAAAUGAGAUGAGAAAACUCGAAGCUGAGUUGAAGGCAAAAGCUAAAGUUGACAGAGAAAAUCAGGAUCUUAAUUUAGAAAAAAUUAGACUAAAGGCCUCUGAGCACCGAGUCACUGUUUUGGAAUCAAUUAAAACCGCGGGGUCUGUAAUAGGAACGGGAGUAACAACUUUGCUUCAAGAUUGGGACAAAAUAGUGGCAGCAGUUGGUGGUUUGUCUCUUCUAGCAUUCGGAGUUUAUACAGCGAAAGGAUCAACGGGCGUAGCAGCCCGAUACAUUGAAGCACGUCUGGGUAAACCGUCACUAGUACGUGAAACUUCACGUUUCUCAGCGCUGGAUGCUGUCCGUCAUCCAGUUCAAUUAGUUAAAAAGCUGCGUGAAAAACAAUCAGACGCUCUUUCAGGAGUUGUACUCGCACCAAAGCUUGAAGAAAGACUGCGUGACAUUGCAAUCGCGACUAAAAAUACAAAACAUAAUCGGGGAAUGUAUAGAAAUAUUUUGAUGCACGGUCCACCGGGUACCGGUAAAACGAUGUUUGCAAAAAAACUUGCCCAGCAUUCGGGUAUGGACUAUGCUAUUUUAACUGGUGGUGAUUUAGCGCCUCUAGGACGUGACGGAGUGACGGCUAUUCACAAAGUAUUUGACUGGGCCUCGACGACACGGAAAGGUCUGCUCCUGUUCAUCGACGAAGCUGACGCAUUUUUAAGAAAAAGAUCCAGUGAACACAUUUCUGAAGAUCUUCGUGCCAUGCUCAAUGCAUUUUUAUACAGAACUGGAGAACAGAGUAAUAAAUUUAUGCUGGUCCUGGCUUCAAACACACCCGAGCAGUUUGAUUGGGCCGUUAAUGAUCGUCUUGACGAAAUGGUUGAGUUCCUGUUGCCCGGACGCGAAGAACGCGAGCGUCUGAUACGACUUUACUUUGAUAAAUUUGUGCUCCAGCCGGCGACUGAAGGCAAGCGGAGACUCAAAGUCGCGCAGUUCGAUUACGGGUCACUGUGUCGUGAGAUGGCUGAUCUUACUGAAGGUAUGUCAGGAAGAGAGCUGGCUAAGCUUGGAGUCGCUUGGCAAGCUGCCGCUUAUGCUUCCGAUGACGGUGUUCUUACCGAGCAGAUGGUAAUCGAAAAAUGCAAGGAGGCGGUCAAGCAGCACAAGCAGAAGGUCCAAUGGCAGAGCGAACAGGAGAGACAGGAAUCAAAAUCGAUCUAUACGGAUACUGAUGAUACGGAUGAUAAAAAAAAACCAUUGCUAGCUAUUGAACCGGCUCCGAAAAACGAGAGGACUUAAAGCUCUAUUGCAUUUAAUUAAUUGAUUAAUUGACUAAUUAAUUAAAUAUCAAUUUCCGUACACUAUUUUUCCAAUGUUUUAUUUUAUGUAAAACACUCAUGACGUGACUUGUAAAGUUCAUCACAAAUUAGUUUAAAAAAUAAUAAAUAAUAAAAUAAAAAACAAUUAAAUAAUUGUAAUUGCUGUAAGCUAUAUAUUAGAAUUUAUCAGGAAGUCAUAUAUAUAGUGUACAUAGAAAUGUUUAAAAAAAUGUUCACUACGUAUAAUUAUAUCAUAAAAUAGUUAGACUUUCUUGGACAGUGCCCCCAGUUUUUAAAAAUAUGCAAUGACUCCGCUGUCAUAUCAGUAUUAAAAUUUUAUUAAUUAAGUAAAAAAAAUUAAUUAGUUGAUGUCAAUUGGGAGUUGAACGAAAUUUGGAAAAUAAAUUUCAGUAAAAUCUCAUGAUCCUGAAGUUAGCAGACAAUUAAUAAUUUUCGGAUUUUUUUUUUCAUCAAAUCAAUUACAAAACAAAAACUAAAAAUAUGCACAUGUAGAAAAUUUAAAAAACUACAGGUGCAAUUUUUUCAAGUAUUUUUUUUUUUUGACUUAUCGUCUAAAAAAUCCAAAAAUUAUUAGACGUCUGCUAACCAGUAUCAUAAAAUUUUAGGAUUUUAUUCUGAACAAUUAAAUUUGAAGAAAAACAGAAACUGAAAAAAUGCACAUGUAGAAAAUUAAAAAGACUAUGAGUGCAAUUUUUAAAAAUAUUUUUAUUUUAAUAAUUUAUCGUUCUUUAAAAAAUUCAAAAAUUAUUAGACGUCGGCUAACUUCAGUAUCAUAAAAUCUUCAUGUCGAUUUUAUAAUUCAAAUUUUGUAAACUCAAAUUCAUUCAACUCCUAAUUGAUAUCAACUGCAAAUAAUUUUUUUACUACUUUACUACGUUUAAUUUUUUUCAAUUAAUACUUUAAUUAAUUGAUAAAAUUUUGAUACGCUUAUGACAGUUGUAAGUAAUUGAAAAUUUUUAAAAAGUGGGUCUGAGAAUGGCCUAAAAGCUUAAAAAUUUGAAUGCAUGAAUAACCUCAGGGACGUUUUAUUAUUUUUUUUUUUUAGUUGAAAAAAUUUGUUUAUUGACUUGCAAAUUAUAAUGAAUCAGUAUCCUGUGUAGUUGCAACCAGCAUUGUAUAUAUGGUAACUAAUAAUAACUAAGUUUAAUUGUUUUGUUAUCAUUUUUUUAAUGUAGACCAGAGUACAGUUAAUAAAAAGAAAAAAAAAAUGUUUGGUUCAAAUGAAAUAUAUUUUAAGCUUCUGUGUUUUAGUUAAAAAAAUUUUAAUUGGCGUAAUGUACAUGUUAAAAAAAAAUAUAUAUCAAUUUUAAAUAUUAAUUAAUUUGUUAAUUAUGCGGUAAGUUACUUUAAUUAAUCACACUUUCUUAAUUAUUAUUUUUUUAAAUAUCGAAAAGACACUUGCGGCUCUUGAUCAAUCAACAUCAGAAAUACUAUUUAAAUUUUUAACAUUAAAAUUUAAAU